AUGAGGCAUACAAAUGUAUACGAAGAACGCUCUUUGGGAAUAUACGCCGAGGACGAAACGUCAUACGACUACGACAAACCUCCCGAAAAUUCGAUCACCGAUAUGGUGCGCCGGCAUCUCCUCACGAAAGAGGGCACACGCCGACACUUCCUUCGCGAACAAUUGAAAGACCAACUUAGCCACGACCUCUGGUGGAUCGCGCUGGCCGUGUUUUUCAUCUCUAUCAUAGAAUCGAGCAACUACAACAGGGACCCAGUGGGAUACUCGACUUUCAACAUUCUCUUUGAAGUAAUCUCCGGCUACGGCUGUGUCGGUAUUAGCACAGGCUACCCAGGCAGGGAUCUUUCAUUCUGUGGAGUUUGGCAUUCCCUUAGCAAGCUCAUACUGGCGGCGGUCGCGUUACGAGGUCGUCAUCGCGGCCUCCCCGUUGCUAUCGACAAAGCUAUCAUGUUGCCGAAUGAGUCUCAUGCGUGGGCUGAAGAGGAAGAUGCUGCCUUGAGGCGGGAGCAAUCCCGUGUUUGUGGACCUGCAAGUGUUUAA